AUGCUUGUUACUUCUCUGAUUGCACUUCUGCCCGCCAUUGCGGCGGCGCAGGUCUCAGGGACCGUGGGGCCACGUACGAGUGCGUCUGCGAAAGCCGCAGAGAAAGUAUGCAACGUACUUGACUACAGGGCAUCCGCAAAUUCGACCAUUGAUAUCGGACCGCCACUCAAGGAAGCCUUCCAAGACUGCCAAACAGGUGGACUAGUUUAUAUUCCGGAAGGGGACUAUCUCCUUUCGUCGUGGGUGUCACUAGUUUAUGGUUCUGGUUGGGCUUUGCAACUAGAUGGCAUUAUUUAUCGAGACAAGAAUGUCACCGAUGGAGGAAAUAUGAUAUUCAUCGAACACACCAAUGAUAUCGAAAUUUUCAGUAAUAACUCUGCUGGAGCAAUUCAGGGCUACGGUUAUCUAUUCCAUGAGCAAGACGAAUACGGGCCACGGAUUCUUCGACUUAACAACGUGACUGAUUUCAGUGUGCAUGACUUGAUCUUGGUGGAUUCACCGGCCUACUUCCUCAACUUAGUUGAGUCAUACAACGGCGAGGUGUACAACAUGGUCAUUCGUGGCGCCAGUAUGGGAGGGCUCGACGGAAUCGAUAUCUCCGGAGCCAAUUACUGGAUCCAUGACGUUGAGGUCACUAACGGCGACGAAUGUGUGACUGUGAAGAGUCCAUCGGCCAACGUCCGGGUAGAAAACGUCUUUUGCAACCACAGUGGCGGCUGCGCGAUGGGAUCACUUGGAACGGACACGAAUAUCUCUAACAUUGAAUACGAGAACAUCUACACUUACAACUCCACUCAGAUGUACAUGAUCAAGUCCAAUGGGGGUAAUGGCACAGUUACAAACUGUUCUUUCAAGAACUUCAUUGGAUAUAGCAACGCCUACAUGCUAGAUUUGGAUACAUACUGGGGUGAUGAGAGCGAUGGUGACGGUAUCAAGUACGAGAAUAUCGUUUUUGAAAAUUGGAAGGGUACCAGUUCGAAUGGCAUUCAGCGAAGCCCCAUCAGGAUUCUUUGCCCGGACGCGAAUCCAUGCACGAAUAUUACCCUAACAGCCGUUGAAUUGUGGAGUGAUACUGGAGAUUACGUCAAACAGGAAUGCUCCAGUGCUUACGGCGAAGGCGAAUGUUUGCGAGAGCAAAAUGGCACCCUUGCCUCAUAUUCUUUUACGACCACGAUUACCUCGGUGCCUGUCACCGCGUACAGUCCGAAGACGACGAUGCCCGGCCUGAUUUCGACAUCCAUGGAUACUACGACCUCUAUUCCGAUCCCGACAAUUCCUACCAGCUUUUUCCCAGGUGCCUCAGCUUACAGCACACUUAUGGCGAAUAUGUAA